AUGGAGAUCAGACGAGGCUUUGGUAUCGCUGGGACUCGCACUUCAGGACCGGUCACUGUCGGCGACCCCUUGACUCUACUCAUUCACAUGAAGAGUGAAAAAAGACCGGUCACUGUCGGCGACCCCUUGACUCUACUCAUUCACAUGAAGAGUGAAAAAACUGGUUUUGAUAUAUUGGUUAAGAAUUGUGUCGCACAUAAUGGUGCUCAACAGAGGCUACAACUCAUAGAUUCAAGCGGAUGUGUAACAAACGAGAAGCUCAUCAGUCCUUUCAGAGGAACUUAUAAUUCAGAAAAUGGACAUCAAGUUUCACUAUAUUCCUAUUUGAAGGCAUUCAGAUUUACUGGAAGUCCUGCUCUAUAUCUGGAGUGUGAUAUCCACAUGUGUCACAACAAGUGUCCCCCUCAACGGUGUUAUUGGCGUAAUCUCUCCAAAAGAUCCAUUGAUUCACAACUGAAUACAACGACAGACAAACCUUUAGUGUCAGAGAGUAUUAGUUUGUUUCAAUCACUGGAAGUGAGACAAGAAUCCGAUCAAAAGGAUAUCGCAAACAACACAUCAGAAUUCAACAGUGAUGUGGAGCGGAGUAACGUGUGUUUCCGGUCGGACGGUGUGGCGGCUGUGAUCAUAUCGAUCUUCGUGCUGCUGGUGAUGUCGUUCUCGAUGUCGAUCGGGUGUUGUAUGAAAAUGCGGCGAAUGAAGUACUGUCAGAGGCAUAUGAUCGACGCCUCGUCCCUCUAUAAGAGCAGUUACGACACCAUCUAUUCCUAUCCACACAGCGACUCAACCCUUCACUCCCGACGCUUCUAA